GUGCCAUGACAUACUCGUCCAAGUGCGAUUCUGUAUAUUGGGCCGUGCUUACUGAUGUGAAGCAACUCUAUCUGAACCUCCAUCCUUUGACGUUUCUGCAUUCCUCAUCAAACCAUUGCGUUGCUCAAGGCAUCUAUUAUUGUUCCUCGUUGUAACCGGUGACAAGGCAGCAGCAUUGAGACCUUGAGAUGCCGCGUUCAGACAACUUGUACUCCGCAGACGAUUCAGAGAACUCGGAUCGUGAAUCGUUUAGUGAGGAGUUGAGCCCCUCUGAUGGGUACUUCAACCGCGGAAAUGUCCCGAAUACCAUCGUGCAAGACCCCUCCAUAAGCAAGGACGACAAAGCAGAGGACAAAACUUUGAUACCUCCACCUAGUGUCCAAAGCAGGACGGGAGGAAGCUCGAGGACAUCACUCCACUCGGUCCUGCCACGAUCACUCCCCUCACAUAAUUACGCGUCACAUCGUAGUGACAAUGCUCCUUCCAAUUCCCCUAGUUCUUAUACCCCCACAUCACCUGUCUCACCACGUCGUAGAGAUGCGAUGUUUUCCGAGCGCAGUGCAUUAAUACACGGUCCUCCACCAGCAUAUUCUUCUUCACCACCAGAAGUUCCCCUAUCUCCGCGAGAAACAGAAGGACAACGCUACAGGACUUUCCCAGAGCACCAUCUUGAACGAGGUUUCCUUCCAGGUCGAGAGCCGGAGAGUAUGGGCGGUCCCGUUGAGCAUGAGGAAGAGCAUGAACAAGAGUCUAACGAGACCACGCCAUUAACGAACGAGCCGAAGCCUGCAAGACUAUCAGUCUGUCGAGGGAUUGCCAAGAAGAUACUUCUCAUUGCGUUGUUUGUUGUUGUGGUCGUCUCCUUAAUUUCUGCUCUGGCUGGUGGAUCUUCUAACAAGACCAAAGAUCCCUCCGAGGACGAUCCAUCUAAAGACCCAUCAAAGUCUCCUGUUGAUGACAUGCCACCACCACCCAUCGAUGCCGACGGGCCCUACUGCAGCAUUGCCAAGUACAAAAAUGACGCUGUCACUUACGAAUUCCCCGUUGGCAAAGAUUUGACCGUCCUUCAGACAACUCACGGUGACCAAGGUUCAAAAGAUCGUUCAGUCAGCACGGCAGGUGAGAUUCGACUGAGACGUCUACCCAAGGAUUCAAUGCACGGAAGUCGUGCUUACUUCACCCUGGAUGUCCAUGUCAGCGACCCAGAGUUAGUAGUCAUCAAGUCAUGGGAUGAGGAUUCACGAAUGUUGAAAAUCAGCACCCCGAGAUAUGCACCUCUUGGUCCUGGCCAACACUGUGUGUCUGUUGGCAUCACGGCCUGGUUUCCAGAGGACGCAGAAUUCAAUGAACUGUUGUUCGAAUCUGUUACACUAACCAUGAGAGUCAUGGAUGACAUCAAAGUCAAGGUUACUGGAUGGUCGAGAUUUUCGAGCUUGGCUGGCCAAGUCAUCUUCCCAACAAUCUCAGUACCACUCUCGCAUGAGGUCUUCGAUGAUGACGCCUCUAUUGUCCCCACGCUUAAGUACGAACACCCUUUUUCAUCACGCCGCAUCUUGAUCGAGACAGAAUCAGGCUCGAUUACUGGCACAUAUCCUUUGAUGGAUUUUCUUGGUCUGGAUUCACAAGCAGGUCAAAUCAGCGUUGAUGUUAUUCCUCACAAAGUCCUUGAAUCAGCCCCAGCUCCCGCGGAUCUGGAAGUGAAAACAUCUUCGGGCUCAAUCAAGGUCAACUGUCCCAUCCGCUAUGUCCCACCACCACGAAACUAUAUCACCCAUGUCCAUUCCAGCGCUGGCAGUGUCGACGGAUCAUUCUAUCUCGGCUCUCUCAGCAGCUUCGGUACAUCGGCCGGAGGGAUCCGCAUCGAUGGUCUUCCCGUCCUCCAAGCCUGUUCAACAAACAAUAGAGACAAAAACGAGCGUCCAAACGUUUUCGAGACCCGUACAGUCAGCGGCGGAACCAAAGUCCAAGUCCUAGACCCGAUCUUCAUCUCUGCACUCACGCCAGCUGAGCAGCCGAAACCACAACCCGUCCAAAAAGAGCGUCCUGGACCCUGGGCCCCAAUCGGAGAUGGUGACCCACAUAUCAUCACGCCACCCAACGUUGUGCUGGACCAGAACCUCCUCGUCAUUGAUCCUCGCACUCAAUAUUCUAAAAAGAAGCUAGAUAGCUUGAAGAGCGUGCACUCUAGCAACGCAGCGAGCGUCGAGGUUAGCUAUCCAGAAAAUUGGGUGGGCACGCUGCAUGCGAAGUCUGUUAGUGGCAGUAUUACGGUGACGGGGGAUGAUAUCCGGAUUAUUAGAGAGAGGAAGGGCUUCGCGAGUAAGGAGAUUCUUGCGAGGAAGGGGGUGGAGGAGAGUGAGGAGGGGAGUUAUAUUGAGAUGCAGAGUGUGGCGGGGAGUUUGGGGUUUGUUGUUGGGAGGUAAGUGUGGUUCGAGAGCCUCAAAGAAGGGUUUGGUUCGGGUGGGGUGUUUGGAUACAUAUAUAAUCGGAUACUGGCGAAUUGGCGUCUGGGUGGAUGUGUGUUGAAGGGUAAAUUGGGUAAUGUAGCAAUGUCACUGUCGCUAUUGUGUAAAAAUCCGAUGCAUUAGGCUUCAAGAAAGUAAUAGAUACAUGAAGACGGUCUUUCAAAC